CAUCGCUCGAGCCGGCGCAAUGGCCACCAGCACCGCUGCCUCCGUUCGCGUCCUCCUGCUGCUCCUCGCCGCCGUCCUCCUGCCGGCCUCGCUGGCGUGGAGCAACUGCCCCCCGCCGUCGCCUGGCGGUGGCGGUGGCGGGCACGGCCCCGGCCGCCCGGGGUACCCGGCGCCCGGCAGCGGCUCCCCGACGUGGCCUUCCCCCGGCUCCGGCGGCUCAGGCGGCGGCCACGGCGGCUCGCCACCCCACCACGGCAAGCCACCCAAGCACCACGGCAAGCCGCCGUCCAGCUGCCCGCCCUGCAACCCGCCAUACACUCCUCCGACCCCCCGGCCGUCCCCGCCCUACGUGCCGCCGUACACCCCUCCGACGCCGCGGCCGUCGCCGCCCUACGUCCCGCCGUACACCCCUCCGACGCCCCGGCCGUCCCCGCCCUACGUCCCCCCGUACACCCCGCCGACGCCGCGGCCGUCGCCGCCCUACGUGCCUCCGUACACUCCUCCGACGCCGCGGCCGUCUCCGCCCUACGUGCCGCCGUACGUCCCUCCUACGCCGCCCUACGUCCCACCGUACGUGCCGCCGACGCCACCCUACGUCCCGCCGUCGCCGCCGUACGUGCCGCCGACGCCGCCGGCGGGUCGGACGUGCCCGAUCGACGCGCUGAAGCUGAACGCGUGCGUGGACGUGCUGAGCGGGCUGAUCCACCUGGUGAUCGGGCAGGAGGCGAGGUCCAAGUGCUGCCCGCUGGUGCAGGGGAUCGCGGACCUGGACGCGGCGCUCUGCCUCUGCACCACCAUCCGCGCCCGCCUGCUCAACAUCAACAUCUACCUCCCCGUCGCGCUCGAGCUGCUCAUCACCUGCGGCAAGCACGCGCCGCCGGGGUUCAAGUGCCCGCCGCUCUACGACUGAUCGAUGACGAGAGGGGUCGUCGAGGAGAUCGAUCUCGCUCCCCAACUAGCUACAUACAUAUGGCGCCGCCUGAGCUCGCCGGCAUGCGUGGUGGCUGGGAUCAUGCGCCGCAGGCGGCGGCUGCCAGCGUGUCGAGGAUUUGUGUCGUCAUAAUUACUUUGGUGUUCUUGAGUGUGAUGUGCUUAUAUUAUCAUCAGAUGGAGAACUUUCUCGGUCUCCUCCUGAGUGUGUGGGUUAAUCAGUCGUCGAUGCGUGUAUCAUGUCGCUCGAUCUUGUCUAGCUUCUCGCGACACGCAGCGGCAAGUAUUGGGUUAGUUUUUCAGAAACUGCUUGGUUCAUUUCCAUAGCUUUAUUAUAUGCUUCAUUCUGUUA